GGCAGCGGCGGGAGCGGAGUUGGAGGGGCGAGGAGGAGGAGGAGGAGGAAGGCGGCGGCGGGGGUCGUCUCGGCGGGCUGCCCGCCAUGGCCACGUCCCCGUGCAGCAGCAGCGGCGUCUCCUCGUCGUCCUCGUCGGGGCUGGGGGCGGACGCGGGGCUGGAGAUCCGCACGCGCUCCGUGGAGCAGACGCUGGUGCCGCUGGUGUCGCAGAUAACUACUCUUAUUAAUCACAAGGACAAACCAAAGCGUUCAGACAAGACUCUGCAAGCAAUUCAGCGAGUGGGCCAAGCAGUUAACCUGGCAGUUGGAAGAUUUGUUACAGUAGGUGAAGCUAUAGCCAACGAAAACCAUGAAUUGAAAGAAGAAAUGAGUGUUGCUUGCAUUGAGGCAAGGAGAGCAGGUGAAACAAUUGCGCAACUUACAGAUGUGGCAAGCUUGGAUCAUCCAGAAUCUGAUAGCCACAUAACAAUCUUUACAGACAAAACAGGAGUGGUAAAAGCUGCAAGGCUGUUGCUUUCUUCAGUCACAAAGGUGCUCGUGUUAGCAGACAGAAUUGUUAUUAAGCAAAUAAUAACUUCCAGAAACAAGGUUCUUGCAACAAUGGAACAGCUAGAAAAAGUCAGUAGCUUCCAAGAAUUUGUACAAAUAUUCAGCCAGUUUGGAAAUGAAAUGGUUGAGUUUGCCCAUUUAACUGGAGACCGGCAAAAUGAUUUGAAGGAUGAGAAGAAAAAGGCUAGAAUGGCAGCCUCUAGGGCUGUUCUUGAGAAGUGCACCAUGAUGCUCCUAACUGCUUCAAAGACUUGUCUUAGGCAUCCAGACUGUGAAUCUGCUCGUAUAAACAAAGAUGGUGUUUUUCAUCGGAUGAGACUAGCUUUGGAACAGGUAAUAGAAAUUGUAACUGACUCUAGACCAAAUGGAGAAAAUGAAAUGGCACCCAUCAGUAUAUAUUCUGGCAUCAAAGAAUUCAAGAAUAAGGUGGAGGGUCUUCGUGAGAAUCUUUAUUUUCUCUCAAAAGAGAACCUUUCAACAAUGCUGGAGGUUAUCCUGGAACAUACGGAGGACUUCACGGAUUCUGCCUAUACCAGUCAUGAGCACAGAGAACACAUUUUGGAGCUGUCUAAGCAGGCUAAAAUGGAACUAGAGCAGCUGGUUUCAGUAUGGAUGCAAGCUCAAAACCAGAAGACCAAGGAUCUCAUGGAAGACUUGGAAGUAGCCAUUUUAAAAACAUGCCAGUGCAUGAAUGAACUUAAAAGAGAAGUCCACGGUGCAGCAACAUCUUUGGCAGCAGAUCUUCUAAAAUACCAUACAGAUCAUAUGGUUCUCAAAGCAUUAAAAAUCACAGGAGUAGAAGGAAAUCUAGAAGCUGUAGCAGAAUAUACUUGCAAGCUAUCAGAGCAGAAAGAACAACUUGUCGAGAUGUGUCGCUUGUUGAGGCAUGUUUCUGGAACAGAGCCCCUUGAGAUUACGUGCAUACAUGCAGAAGAUACCUUUCAGGUCACUGGCCCACAGAUAAUUUCUGCUGUAGAAACAUUGGCAUUGCAUCCAUCUAGCAAGAUUGCAAAAGAAAAUCUGGAGGUGUUCUGUGAGGCCUGGGAGUCUCAGCUGAGUGACAUGUCUAUGCUGUUGAGAGAAAUCAAUGAUGUGUUUGAAGGAAGAAGAGGAGAGAAGCGUGUCUACUUGUCACUGCCCAGACCAGGGAAGCAUAAUGCAAAUCUGAAAGCACUAAAGCCAGUCAAACUAGAUACUGAGGAACAGGCAAAAAUUGCAAAACUUGGAUUAGAACUGCACCUACUCACAUCUGAUGUGGACUCUGAGACAGAGAAAUGGGAGGAUCAGGAGAAUGAGAUUGUGCAACAUGGGCAAGGCAUGUCAAGUAUGGCUUAUUCCAUGUAUUUAUUUACCAGAGGAGAAGGACUUCUGAAAACUACUCAAGAUUUAUUUCAUCAAGCAGAGAUUUUUGCAACAGAGGGCAUGAAGCUUGCUUCAGCUUUUCAAGCCUUUUCUGAUCAGGUACACGAUGAUGACAAACCUUUGCUUCUUCUGGAAGCUGAAAAACUUGUCCCUAUGUGCAAGCAGCUCCAAAUAACAGCAAAAGCUUCUGUUCAGGGUAAAAGUGCCAUAUUUACAAAGGUUGAUGCAUGCAUUCAGAAAACAAGGAACGUGAUGACUCUGUUGUGUCAACUUCUUCCACUUUGCAGCAAAUUAAUGAGAAAGAAUAAAGCAGGAAAUGGCUAUCUUAAACCUGCUCCACCAUGGAAAGAAGACAGAAUACGAACCGGCACAAAUGCACACGCUACAGAAAGGAGAGCUGAGACAUUUGGCAUCAAAUCUUUGGAAAAUCAUGUAACAAACAUGACAUUUUUAGAGAGCAAGUAACUAUAGCACUUAGAAAUGCAGGAACUCCACCAGAGAAUAACACUUUGCUGAAGUUUCAAUUUUGCUUUCAUUUGUGGAAAGUCAAACCAGGUUAAUUUGAAUUAAAACCGUUGACCUUUGUCACAUCUAAUAGAUGUCCCAUUACCUAACAAUUACAGCACCAACUAGUGUAAUCGUUAUAUAUUUUUAUAAUGUGAAUGAAUUUCCUGCGCUCGCUAUCGAUACUGGUUUUGUAGUUAAUGCUUCUGAAUGUCUUAAUGGAUGUUCCAGCCCAAAGAUGCUGCUAAUAGACAUUUCACGUAAAGAACCUUGUGCUCAAUAUGCUAUAUGUAACACUACUGCUGAAGUCUGUAAACUCAUCUCUGGCCUGCUUCAGUCUAUGAAUUUGAAAAGCCCAAUCAGGAAUGUAGUCUGAAAGGCUGUGGCCUAAAGCACUGAAAUGUUACCUUAGUUUUGAGUUAUACCUGCAAUGAAGUAUAGUACUAGGAAAAAAUACUCCUGCUCAACAAUGAAUCUUAAUUUUGUUGGCAUGAUUCAUUUUUUCCAAAUUAUACUUCUAACUCAUUAGUAGUCCUGUCUCGAUACCAUUUUCUUUUACUAUCUUUAUUUGUAGAUAGCUGUUGUUGCUUCCUUUCUGAUUAAAAUUUGUUGAGCAGAAUUUGAAUUGCAUGUGGAACCACUGAAGUAUUAUGUAGACUUUAUAGCAUUUAAAAUUGAAGUAAAUAAAUACUGAUUAUUACAAACUUCCGUAGAAAGGGCAUUAUUUGACUUCAGGAUGCUAGGAAAACAUAGCCAGGUGUGAAAUACUUGUUUUCAAGUUUAUCUGCUCUUUGUAUACAGGCUCCGGCUGCAUUUUCUUUUAAGUUCACCUCUGUCAAACUCCAUGUUGUAUUAGUUCAGCUAAAUUACAUGACAACUAAAUUAUGUGAUUCUUCUGUAUUAUGCUUGCAGUAAGCAGAAGCAAAGAAGCCUGUGGAACGCAAAUAUUCUCCAAAAUAUCAAUCUGUGCUUAUUUAAAAGCUUGUAGUAGCACUAGAAUUGAGGAAAAAAAAAAAGGCAGAUUUUCUUAUACAAAA